AACAUCUAGGUUAGCUGUAUUGUCAGGUUAAUUAUUGAAACACCUUAUGUUGAAAUUUUUUUGAAGUAAAAUUAUUCGUUUGAUUGUUGUAGUGUUUGUGAUACGGUGUGUUAUGUGUCAUUUGAAUUUUUGAUAGUCAAUACCAAUCACUGUGAUAUUUAAAACAAUUUAAUAAUGGAUGCAAGACUGCUUAAAACAUUAAUGGAAAAGAAACAAAAUGAGACCAGUAAUAACCGAUUGGAAUCGUUAAGACUGCCCCGAGAUCUGAGCCUCGGUGGAACCAAACCAAAGAAAAUUAUUCAACCAAAUCUAAAUGUUACGAGAUCUAAGCAGAAAGCUAAAGAAAGUACUAAAAAACCGGAGUCAACUAAAAAGGAAAAACCAAAACCACAACCUAGAAAACGAUUUUCAGACAACAAGAGAUUUGUACAGUCCCAAGGUGUAUUUUCUCAAGGUUUUGCACAUGAUAAAAAAGUCUCAGGAUUUGGUAGCAGGACCAAAUGUGAAAGCCAACCCUCAUCAAGCAUGGCAAUUCCUACUUUUAGGAAAAAUGAAUCUGAGAUUGACAGUGAUAAAGAAGAUGACAUGUUCUCCAACUUAACAUCAAUGAAACUUGAAGAAGAUGAUGUAAAAUGUAUUCAAGCUGAUGAAUGGAAUCACAAUACUGAAUAUCAUACAUUUGAUAAUUUGAAAAUGGAAGAAGACAAUCAUCCAUAUUUCUGCAAGAUGGAGGAAGCUGAAAUGAAUGCCAAAUUAGCACUAAUCAAGAUGCCACAAUCCUUAGCUGGAAGAGUAUUGAGCGAUAAUACAAAUGAUUCAAAACAGAUGCACUACAAUUUACGCAUGAUGACAGAAGGCAAAAUAGGAUCUCUACAAAUAACCCGUUCAGGAAAAAUGUACAUGAAAAUAGGAAAUAUGAGAUAUUUGAUGGAAGCUAUUGAUUGUACUGGAGGUUCAGAAAUGAUAACUUCAUACAUGGCAUCGACAUCGGAAGGAAAUAAGGCAAAAUUUGCAGUUUUAGGAGAUAUUGAGGGAAGAUUUCAACUUGUUCCGCAGUGGACUCGAUUGUGAGAAUGAACUCAAUUUUUGAUAUUUGUUUAUUUUCAUGUUAUGUGUUAUAUGAUUUCUGGAUUUCAAAAAAGUUCUGUAAUUGAUAUGAAUUGGAUGAUUGAGUGUCAUUAUUCAUUUUGCAAAACGCACAAUCAACUUGAGUGAAAUGUAUGUUUGAAAUACUAGUUCAUAGGCAUAUGCGAAUGGAAUAUUUUCAAUGUUAACUUUUUUACUAUAGCAUAACAUAAGGACUCUGCUAAUAUUGUGAUACAAUGAAUGUUCGCGCCUCACUUGAAACGAAUAUCGAUUAAUAUUCUAGAUAUAUCCUUCAAUUUUUAUUCUUCUAGAAUUAUACUCACUGUAAAAAGAAGGAAACACCAAAAUAUCAAGCAAUAAUUUUUUUGUUAUAUCAGAAAUAAAAGUAUUGCAUUGUUCAAAA